CGCCAGGUCGUUUCGAGGCACGCUCCUUGGACAUCAUCCCCACGCUUCCUGGGUUGCAGCAGGGCCAUUCCUGUUCAAGGAAAAUACUCUCCGCAAUUCAUAAAGCACGCGAAAAUACUUUCCAUACUGUUGGCUUCUAUUCGACAUUCAAUCCCAAGCUUUCUUCAUCUUUUCACGAAAUGUCCCUUACCAUCGGCAAGAUCCUCGCCCCGGCCCCGGCCGUCCUACCUUUAGGCACAGACGAGGGACUGCAACCGACUCAGCUCUCCGUUGACAAUAAGGGAGAACGCAUAGUCUACGCUUCUGGCAAGUCUAUCUAUAUUCGAUCCAUCGACGACCCGUCCGUUUGCAAGCAGUACAACGGCCACAAGAAUGCAACCACAACAGUGGCCCGGUUCUCCCCUAGUGGGUUCUACAUUGCCAGUGGUGACAAGGCUGGGAACGUGAGAAUAUGGGAUGCUGUGGAAGUUGUAAACACCAAGGGCGAGUACCCUAUCAUCUCGGGUCCCAUCAAGGACAUUGCCUGGGACGGCGACUCGCAGCGGAUCAUUGCCGUUGGUAAAGGCAGCGAGCGGUUCGGCCACUGCAUUACCGCCGACAGCGGCAAUUCCGUCGGCGAGAUCAGCGGCCACUCCAAGUCCAUCAAUGCCGUCGCCCUACGGCAGCAGCGGCCUCUCCGGGCAGCGACUGUUUCCGACGAUUGCACCAUGUGCUUCUUCCACGGCGCUCCAUUCAAAUUCAACUCGAAGGUCGCCAACAUACACAGCAACUUCAUCUACGGCACUGCCUUCUCGCCCGACGGCGCUCACCUCGUCACCGUUGGCGCUGACCGUCGUAUCCAGCUCUACAACGGGAAGACGGGUGAACCCACCGUGAAGAUUAGCGAUGGGGAGCAUAAGGGCAGCAUACUCGGGGUGUCGUGGGCCAAGGAUAGCCAGAGAUUCGUCACUGCUAGCACCGACGGUACUGUGAAGCUUUGGGGGCUAGAGCCGGGUCCUGCCAAGCAUACGUGGAACCUGGGUGGCCAGCAAUUUGGCGUCGUCUGGGUCCACGGCAGGAGUGACGGUUUGGUCAUCAGCAUCAACCGGGAUGGUGAUCUCCUUUACCUCCACGAGGGCAGUGACAAGGCAACCAAGGUCGUCCAGGGUCACAACAAGAGCGUCACAGCUCUAGGCGCCUCUUCGGACGGAACUGGCCAGACGCUGUGGACGGGAAGCUUUGAUGGCCGCGUGUGCAAGUGGGAUGUGAGCAAUGGAAUCAGCACCGCGGUAGAGGGCCAUGGCCACACCAACCAGGUCGCCCAAUUCGCCGGAGCGGAUGGACAGACUGUCAGCGUCGGCUGGGACGACAAGCUGAGGACGAUUAACGAAUCUACCGGUUCCUAUGUUGGAGAAGCUGUCUCACUCUCCUCGCAACCCCAGGGCGUGGCCGUCGGCAGUGGGCUUACGUUCGUGGCCACCAUCGAUGGGGUGGACGUGUAUCGAGCGGGGAAGCUUGUCGCUGAGAACCGUCCAGGGUACACUCCGGCUGCGAUUGCGGCGCACGGCUCCAUUGUGGCGACUGGGUCCGGGCAAUCAGUCAAGAUCUACACGGUGGACGCGAACGGCACAUUAUCCGAGACCAAGUCGUUGGACAGGUCGACGCACCCCAUUUCCUGCCUGUCGUUCUCGAAGGACGGCAAGUAUCUCGCAGCGGGAAAUAGCAAUGGAAGCAUCGACCCCUACGACACGAACUCGUGGGAAAUCGCCGGCAAGUGCGCCGAUCGAUGGGCUGCGCACAACAGGAACAAGAUCACCUGUAUAUCUUGGAACGAUGCCGGCACGCACGUCGCCUCGGGCUCGCGUGGCGCUGACGUCGUCAUCUACAGCCUGGCCAAUCCGGGGAGGAAGGUCAAAGCGGAAAACGCCCAUAUAGAGGGUGUCACGGGCGUGGCAUGGGUAGCAGGUGGCAAGGUCGCGAGCGUCGGAUGGGAUGCGGCUGUCAAAAUUUGGGCUACUCCUGCGCUGCCAUAGGUGUGCAGUACCCUGGAAGCCCAGUGGAUUCAUGCUGAAUAAAUGAGACCGAUUAGAAUUCCCACCCUCAUUCUUUACAUGCCAUAGAGCUCCAUACGCCCGUAAAUGAAUGAGUACCCUAUGCAUAUUUGCACUGCUCUAAACAUAAUUUCCGGCGUAUGGUAUGGAUUGGCCCCAUGAACCUUGAGAAGGUAGCGGAGAUAGAGAUAGAGGUUGC